UCAGGAUAUAAUGAAAGUUUCAGCAAAUAUGACAAAAAGCAGCUUUAAUCUCAAACUGUUCAGAGUCAGCAUAUCCUCCAAACAUUUCCACCAGAAACCUUAAAAGGAGUCCAAAUCCAGAGAAUAACUCUGGGAAUUCCAACCCUGGGAAUGAGACUCGGUAAUCAACUAUCUUUAAACCUCCAACCCAAAGUGUAUUUCUAUCUUUCUGGGCUCUGAUUGGUUGCUUUUGUUCGGCCCGAUGGAUUCUUGCAAAUGCCAUUAAGAGCACUAGGAGGAGCCAGAGAACCCUGAUUUUUUCACAGAUUAUCUGUCUCAUGUACUACUGUCAGGACAUAGUGAAAGUUUCAGCAAAUAUGACAAAAAGUUGUUUUUAUAAGAGUUACCUACUGCAGCUCUAAAUAAAUAGAUAAAUAAGACUAUACAUUAUUAUAUGAAUAAACAUAAAACUUGGUAAAACUUGAAAUUAUAAAACAAUCCAACAUUUUUCAUCAUUUUGGAAAUGCGGAAAUUUAGUCUGUUUUUAUUUCGCAAUGCCAUUUCCCAAGUGACUGUCUGGUUCUAUAAUGCUAAGAAUUGCUCCUGAAGGCUGUGUCAUUGGUCUGCAAAUGUGUGAGCAAUAGUUUCUGUUUCUGGUGAGCAGCCUCUGCCAUCAGUAUGAACAUGUGUGUGAAUGUUGAUGUGUAAAGCACUUUGACUGGUUGGAAGACUAGAUAGGCCCUCCAGACAGUAAAUGCUGUACAUGUGGUGAUUGUUUGAAGAGGCAGAGAGCCCUGUCGCCACAGAAGGACUCGUCGCAGUGCUCUGACACUUAAUUCACCCUUUCACUUCUCUGUCUGCCAGCUGCCAGCCUGACUCACCCUGAACUCAACUCUGUGUGAAUUCCCGGCCCACCCACGAACAGUCACUGACCUCUUAACACACACUCCCUCACAUCCACGUACUCUCCAGCAUCUCCUCUACUCACCGACAGCUCGGGAAAAACAAUGGCACUCUUAGAUCCCUUCCCAGGUACUUCACAUGGACUAUGAUGAUUAACACGUGACACGCUGGACAAUACCAAGGUAUCAAGUGUGAUUAGUGGAUGCUUUGGAUGCUUUUUCCAUGAUAAAAGUGCUAAAUCCAAGACUUGAGGGCAGGUUGACCUUAAAGGAAUAACGACAGUUGACCACAAACAGCCAUUGUAAGGAGGAAUAUAAUGAUCACAUGGUUAUUACUGUUUGCACUGUUCUGCAAGAGCACUCAAUAUGGAAAUGGACAAAACAAUGGUGUUUCGCACUGUGGACCUCAGUUUCUUACAGCAGAAAGCACUGACCAUAUGAUCUGGUUAACAUGGGAGGACGACAGUGCGUGCCCUAAAGUAGAUCUGAUCUACGAGCUGGUGGUUCUGAUCAUGGGCAAGCAAGUAUUAAAUGCGACAGUUGAGGUGAUGCGUGACCAGAUAGGAUCUACUCAUUACUGGAACGGGACAUCUGAUCUGGAAUUGGAGUGUGCUUCUGUCAGGCUCAGGUCCCGAUACAAAAACCACACAAGCCCAUGGAUAGAAGUACAGACUAGUCCUAAGGACGCCCUGAGAAACAUAAAAAAUAAUAGUCCAGCGGUUUUUCCACGGGACAGACUGGUUGAGGUUGGCAGAAAUGUCACCUUCUGCUGCAUUCUGCCAGUGGGGCAAAAAUUCAAAAAAAUGUAUCUGGAAUGGAAUGGUUAUAAUAUGGACCCUGCCUACAGCAUCACAAAUCAGAUAUAUGCCUUGACUUUCCACCUGAACCAAGCAUCAGGUGACAGUGGCAUUGAUAUAAAAUGUGAAACAGACAAAGCUACAGAUGGGGCUUCUGUUUAUAUUGGCUACCCACCUGGUGACAAGGAUCUUCAGUGUGAAACCCGAGACUUGGAAUCAGUCGAAUGUCACUGGAAUGUAGGAAGAAAAACACAGUUAUCGGUCAGGAAUGCAACAGUUUAUCAGCUACUUGGAAGCCCAUGUCUAGAUGGGUCUAAGGCGACAUGCUCUCAAAAAGUACAAGUGGAUGUUGGUGAGAGAAACUGGACGCUGACAGCAAAAAAUAAGCUUGGGAGGGUUGAGCUCUCAGACAGCGCAGAUCUGACCAAAAGAGUGCACAUGCACGCUCCAGUGAGAAUGAAGGCUUCAACCGUGAACGCCAGAAAUGUCACCCUGGAAUGGGAGUGGACGGUGCACCAGUACAAUAAUCUCAAUAUAACAUGCCAAGUUAACAUUAGCCAUAGUGGCACAAAUACCCCAUGGUUCCAGAUGAAGAACUUUGGAGUUGGCCUUGAUUUUGCAGUUUUAAAUGACUUGAUACCAGAUUGGAAUUAUAAUGCAAGGGUACGAUGUGGUACAACACAACAUUUCUGGAAAUGGAGUGAAUGGACCAGUAUCAGCUUCCACACAAAGGGUGAUGUUCCAGAUGCUCUUGAUGUGUGGAUGCAGGUGAAGCAUAACCAAACUAUAAUCACUUGGAAAAAACCACUGGCCAACCAGAGUCAUGGACACAUCAGAGACUAUGUAGUGACCUGGGCAAAGACCACAGAGAUACCACAAAAUAGAACUGUGCCUUACUACAAGCACAGACUUGAACUAAAUCUGGACACCACUGAAGAGUACAUCGUCACUGUUACAGCUAGGAAUAUAAAUGGCAGCUCAUCCCCGUCAACCAUCACAAUCCCCAGCCUAAAUCUAGACAAAACAGAAAGUGUGAAGACGAUCAAUGGCAGCAAUGGUGGCUUCAGCCUAUCCUGGUCUGCCAGUCCUAUGGCCAGCUGUGGCUAUAUAUUGGACUGGUGUCCUACCAUAGGGGAUUGCAGUGUGGAAUGGCUGAAAGUGCCUCCUACUGAAACCAGUGGCAGUAUAUUUUCAAAAACGUUCACUGAUGGAGUGAGAUACUCAUUGUCUGUAUAUGCCUGCACCCAGGGAGCUCCAGUGCUUCUUGAAAGAAGAGAGGGCUAUGUCAGGGAGAAAAGAAUACCAGACGGCCUGUUUAAAUCACUGAAAACAAAACAAUGGGAUUCAGAUGUCGAGAUAUUCUGGGACCCUAUAAAUCUAGCAGCGCAGUCUGCUUUUAUCCGAGGCUAUGUUCUGUAUUAUGAUGACAACAAUACAGGACUCACUGUCAGCACAGAUGAUCCUAAAGCCACCAGCCUGAGAGCAAGAAACCUCAAUAUUAGUUCCUACAAGUUCACAGUGAAGGCAAAGACAGCAGUCGGAGAAUGUGGUAGUGAAACUAUUACGGUCACCUUAAAUACACCAACUGAUAAAUUGAUCCAGCUUGUCAUCAUUUCCCUGGUCACUGUUUUUGGUCUCCUUUCCCUCAUCACUAUCAUUUGCUAUAGACACUGGGCAUGUAUUAAACACAAAGUCUAUCCUCCAAUCCCAAAGCCAGUGUUGUUGACAGACAAGUGGUUUACGUCACCGGGUGAAAAUAGUUUUCGUCCUCUCGUGAAUGACUGUCACCACAGGGAAGCAAAUAACACCGAUGUUGCAGAGGUGCAUUCUAACUCACACACACACUCAGCACAGAAAAUGCCUUUUGUUUUUCUACAAACUCCUACUGGUUACUACAACCAACCUCUGAAAAACGGCAACCCACCAUCACUCACUUUACCCACUACAACCUUCCCAUCUCAGCCAGGGUUACCAUCUUCUCCAUUCAGAAGUACAUUUCCUAACCCGUCAUACAACCUGAUAAUGCAGAAUGAGGAUCAUCAGUCAAACCCAAGACCUGAGCUUUUGGAAGAUUCAGGAAAAAACUCCAGUGGAUAUGUGCCUCAGACUGAAGCAGUCACUGUAAAUCCACAGAGUUAUAUGUCCUGUGACCCCACUUACAUUUUGCUCCCACAGUCACAUUCCAAAUAGCAGCUGCAUGCACAGCCUAUAUAAUAUGUUGUAAAUGGGAUGACAAAUAUGAUAAUGCUGCCAGAAAACGAAUUUAAAUUUAGUUGCCUUUUCUGUCCCUAGGACAUUAUAUGCAUAGCUAUGCAUGACAACUAUCUGUACAAUACUUUAUACUAUUAAGCAAAGUGUCCUGCACUUUGUUCUAAUUGCAAUUUGAAGAGACAUCAUAUAAAACCUUAAUAGAAACUACUUAGAACACUGAAAAUAUAGGAUUUCAGCCCAUCCCAACUCUCUAACACUACACUUCACUGGGAAAUAUUUAGUGAUUAGAAUCCUUCAGGUUUUUUUUGUGUGUGUGUGUGUCUCAAUUUCCAUGUGUGACAAAUGAUGCUACCUCAAAAAGAAGUAGCAUCAUUUGGGUCCUCUGAAGGCCAUGAAGACCAAAAGUAACUUCUCUCACUCAUCGGAAAGGAUUUCUAUGAAAUUUGGAGCAGACAACGUAGUAAUGGACACAUUCUAAUGACUUUGGUGAUCCUCUGACUACUCAUUUAGUAGUAGCAAAGUGUGACAUUGGGUUGCGUUUCUCCAAAAGACAAUUCUGUUUCCAGCCACCAUUGCAGCCUCUCCAGUUCUCUCUGGCAUUUAACCUCUGUAGGGUCAUUUAAGGGGCCAGCUGACAGAAGUGAAUGUUGGAUGUUCAAAUAGUUUCAGAAAGCCACUCCCCCUAAAUAUUUGCAACAGGAAACCAAUUAUCACUGUAAGUAGCUGAUGUCAUAGACCGCCUCCUUUGUUGAGUGAUGUUAUAUAUCAUAGAUGGCCUCCCUCACUCCUCUUUCAAACCAUUGGUUUUUUGUCCAAUAUCUGACAAUGAUAACUGAUAAAGCAACUUAUACUGUGAGUUAUGUUCAAAAUACUGACUGUAGGGCGCCCGGUUAGCUCAGUGGGUAGAGCUGGCGACCCAUGUACCGAGUCCUUGCUGCAGUGGUCCAAUACUGACUGUAAUGACUUUGCUGAAGCUUUGCCAAUGCAGUUGGAAUGUGAAUAUAUGUGUGUGCGUGUGUGUAAAUAAAUUGCAGGAAUGCAAUUCAUAUGUGAACUAUCUCAAAAUAAAAGUUUGUAUCUCAAAAUAAAAUUGUAAAAACUC